CUAGACAGCAGCUGCUACUUAUCCCCUUCCCUUACACGACAGUACAUACACACACACUCACAGGCGAGGACGUCCACGACGACGAACGAAGGAACGAUGCGAAGCUGUUUGAAGCGCACGCCACCGCCAAGUCCGCCACCGCUCAUCCCACCCUUGGCUCACUCCAUCUCUGCUCGCGUGCACGAGCACAACAACGAGCAGCAGCUGCCUUCGCCCACAUCGUCGUCGACGUCGCCUUCCGAUUCCCAUGUAUCGUCCAAGGAGCCCUCGCCGGCCGCGACGCCGUCGUUGCAGCGAUGCGACAGCGCAUCGUCAUCAGUGGGCUGUGGGAGGAAGAGCGUGAAAUUUUGCGAGGAGGGGUCGAACGAGGUGUUUGUUGCGGACGAGUGGGAUAGGUCGCCUGCGGAGGUCACGCCUAGGUUGAACUAUCAAGACCUCCUCGAACUCAAACAAAUCCAAUUCUCCCUCCCGCGCGCCCAACAAACCCCAGACCCCUUCCUCCCCGCCUCCCGCCCCAACCGCCCCCAAUACCUCCGUCACGUGCCUAUAGGUCUCGUUCCGCUCUUACCUUCGUCGACUACGCCUGCGACUGUGCAUUCGCCUUUACCUUCGCAGACGAGUUCAGCUGCAUCGUCGCAUACGGGUUCGCCACUCUCCUCAAGAGAUAGUUCAAGGGACGUCUCGCCCGUACACAGUCCCCCCGGCUCCCCAUCUCGCCAUAACCACGCCCUAGGUGUCGGAGCUAGCACGAAAGGCCCCUCGCCCCUCGCUACGAGGUGUUAUCCGCCGUAUUCAACACCACCACCACCGCCGGCUCCGUCAAUACCGCCGUAUCCUUCUUCAGUUUCGUAUUCGAGGUCUCCGCCCACACCUACACAAUCGCAGCCACAACAGAAGUCGUCCCUCGCUUCUAGGAUGGCUGCGUCCGGUUUUGGGGGGUACGCUUCCAAUCCUACACAAGCGCAAUCGCAUCCACAAACGCCUUCACCACCACAUACGCCGCCUCUCUCUCCUCCUGCACCUCAAUCAUCCGCACCUCCACCGGGGCCGCCUAGGAUUCAGGGAUCGAAUCUCGGCCCGCCCAAGAUCCAAGGUUCGAAUCUCGGCCCGCCCAAGAUCCAAGGCUCGAACCUGUGGCCCCCGCCUGGACUGGCGAGACAAAGAGCACAAGGGAGGGAGAAGCCGAAAUUCCAGUUCGUGGCGUUGUUGGACGAGAGUAGUGGAGUUGAGGGCGCGGACGGUGCGGACAAGCAGAAAGAAGGAGGAGGAGGAGGAGGAGGAGGAGGAGGAGGGGAGAAAGACGCAGGGACUGGAUUGCCGACGCCGGAGUCGACGCCUUUAGGUGGGGGGAAGGGCGCGAGUCUCGCACAUGAGUCUGAGACUGAGGAGGAGGAGGAGAAGCAGUCAGAGAUCGCGAUAGUGGUCACGCCAUGCGAAGAUUCUUCGACCUCUGCUAACACUUCCACUUCCACUUCCACUUCCUCCUCCACCUCCGGACGACAGCAACGUACAGACCCGACCGCAUUCUCCUAUUUCUCCAUCCCUUUGCCACAUCAGAGGAAAGAACAAGGUUCUUUACCGCUACAAACAGCAUCAGCGUCGAAGGAGAAGGAGGAGGCGGAGGCGGAGGCGACGCCGACUUGUUUGGCUCAGGGGACUGGUAUGAGUGCGGGUGUGGGUGUGACGCCGAUUACGGUUGGGUCUGCGUUAUCGCUCGAAUUUGGGGCUUCGACUUCUGUGUCGCCUUCGGAGAGAGGGGACGCGGAUGCGGAUGCGGAUGGAGAGUUGAGCGAGAUCGAUCUCGGGGACGCGCCCCCGUCGAACAUGAACAUGGGCUUCGAUCUCGAUGCGGUCAAUGCGCAUCUUGGUGGCGAUGAUGCUGAACACCACCCACAACAUCCACCACAUUACGAAGAAGAGGAACCACAAGAAGAGGAAGAAGACGAGGAGGAAGAGGAAGAUGAGGAACCAGAAAUCGAGAUCGAGAUCGAGGGUAUCGGCGAAUGUUCGUCAUGGAGUUCGAGUAGACGAGGCUCGAGGGAGGCUUCGGUUUCGGUGUCGAUGGAGGGGUCCAGGGAGGUUUCGCCGAGGCGGGCUUUCUCCACUACCUCCAACUUUAAGCCUGCCGCCCGUUCCAGCUCAGUGGACAUCGUUAGUUCCAGUUCCAGUUCCAGCUCCUCCAGUUCGAGUACCAGUCCCCCGAUCAACCCGCCACGUCACGAGGAGGAUGCGCAGAGAGAGAAUACGGUGGGACGACUCGGACUGCGAUUGAGAGCGCUGGAGUCGCCAGAGCCUGUGCCGUCGCCGUUCGAGCUUCACGAGGCCGACUCCCUUGCCAUCCAUAACGAAGCAGACUCCCUCGCAAUCGCCAAUGAGGCAGACUCCCUCGCAAUCACCAACGAGGCAGACUCCCUCGCAAUCGCCAAUGAGGCCGCCUCCCUCGACAUCACGAACGAGGCAGACUCCUUCGACAUCACGAACGAGGCCGCCUCGCUCUCCAUCCCCAACGAAGCAACCUCCCUCGACAUCACGAACGAAGCAGACUCCCUCGACAUCACGAACGCAGCAGACGAAGGCCUCGGCAGUAUCAGUGUCAUCCUCAAAGCUCGCAUCGGCGAAGGCGCGAGUUCGAGUUUACCCCCGAGUCGAGAUAUAUCGGCUUUGGAUCUUAGUGCUUUGCCCUCCACGUCCUCCACCUCCACCUCCACCUCGAAGGCGGGCAGGCCGAUGAUGUUACGCCUCCCUUCGAAGUUACGCGUGUCGACUUCGCCCCUGCAGCAGCGGGGCAGUGAUAGCGAGACGGAUGGGGACGGGGACGGGGACGGGGAUGAUUCGCAUACGGAUUAUUCGGUGAAAGGGGGAGAGGGAGAGGGGGGAGAGUGGGAUUCGCAUACGGAGUAUUCGGUGGAUGUGGAUUUGGAGGAGAUGCAUAUGGUGAAGGAGGGUUCGAAUUCGAAUCCGGAGCUGCAACUGGAAACGGAGGAGGAGGACGAGGGUAAGAGCAGGGGGGAGAAGGAGAAGGAGGAGGAGGGGAGGCAUGAUGAGGCGGAGGUGCAUGUGAAAGAGGUGGAAUCGGAAGGCGAAGGCGAACUUGAGUUCUUGAUCGAUGAGGCAGACGAGGCGGCCGAGGAAUGGAGAGGGAGGUCAAAGACUUUGACGAAGGCGUCCCUGUCGUCACCGACUCGUUCACAUCCCUCUUCCCUACCUCCAACCGCCAUCCCCGCCGACCAGUCCGCCACUUCGGAAGAUAAAUCCCACUGCCAGCCACAGCACCAGCCACAGUCAGAGUCCCAGCCCAUCGAGCCACCAGUAGCGAAGAAUGUCAUCCGGGGACCACCGCCGAGAGGAAGGUUCAGUAUGGGCAUGGGCGGGAUAGUCGGCGCGGAGAGUAAGAGCGGGACGAUGGGUGGGAGGGUAUGGAAGGGGAGGGUGGGGGUUUAGCGUUUAAGCCUCCCGUGCUCUUGUGGUCGACCCAGGGGCUCGCUUGGAGGACGACUUGCGGUGACGGCGUGGUGGGUCGUUAGCCGGAGGGAGUGUCGAUCGGAUGGGCUGUGUUUUGGCUUGGUUGUGUCUUCUUUUUAUCGCCGUGUGUUUCUUGGCUCGGCUCGCUUUGGUUUUCUCUUUUUCUUUUACCCUGUUUCUCGCUCAUCGUUCAUCGUCCGUGAUAUUCAUUUUUAGAUAUGUAUGAUAGUCUUUUCUUUUCUCUUUCCCUCGCAGUCCCGGCCCAACCACACACGAUCCCUGACUUUUUCUUCGUUUUCUUGACUCGCAUACAUUCAGCAUUUCAUCUUGACCGAUCCACACAUCGCUAUGCGUUCCAUGCAUACAUUUCAUUGCACUGCCCGGCUUACAACGCACGACGCACACCACAGUAUAUAGGAUCUCUUUAUCUUCAUCUCUCUCACACUCUCUCGUAUCAUCUCAUACUCUCUGCCUAUCUGCCUAUCUAUCUGACUGCUCGAUCCUACGCAACUACUCGUCUAAGUUCGUGCUCUCUUUCCCUGACUCUGACUUCAACACCUGACAUUCUUUUUCUCGCAUUUUAAUCCUGACUUACUCCGUCUCUUUUCUCUUGUCUGAUUCUUGACCCAAUUCUUGAUCCUUGAUCCCUUGUGAGCACUACUUACACUCCCUGUCUGAUCGCACGCACGCAUGCAUGUGCCGCAUAGUUAAACUCUCCUUACUCUGUGUCUGUCUUUUCUUUCUUUCCCCUUUUCUGUUAUCACAGUGUUCGUAUUUACACAGCAUGGCAACGGCAUCGGCAUGGUUUAGAUCCUCCACGC